AUGGCAAGUAAAAAAAUGAUGAUUCGUUGGGAUACAAAGUGUGAGUGGAAUGGACGUCAACAACCAGUUCCGCGAAAAGACAUUGAUCCACCGAAACCGGCCAGCCUAGCAGAAGGCGAAAGAAUCAGAGUGAAGUUUUCUGGAAGGUGGUACAACGCAUUCGUGGUUACAUCGUGGUCAAAAGAACAAAAAGGUUAGUGUUUUAUAGUAUAUUGUUCCUUCGAAUUUCCUCAGCCAUUGUCCCAUUCAGGAUAUGAGAUUUAUUAGAGUCUUGCCCCUGCAAAACACCUUCGAUCUUAACCAUUCCAUCUUAUCCCGUGGGAGCAGGGAUAGCACAGUGUUGAAAGCAUGACACUGCUCUGAGAUGCUUUUCUCUGGGUGCUCUGGUGGUUUCCAUUUUUUCGUCCCCUAAGCAAGAAAUUUCACUAAAAGUUACGGCUAGUUUCAAUUUAAUAUGGUUUGACCUAAAUUGGUGGUUACAUUUUUAACAGGUGUUGCAAAAAACAAGUCUUCAACUGCUGGAAUAGGAGGCAACGUGGAUGA